GCCGGAGGGGCGUGAAGCAGAGCCUCUCCCAUCCCUCUUGUUGGGGCUCGAUGAGGAGCCCCUGCAGCCCUAGGGGCAGGAGCACCUGGAGGAGGAUGAUGAGGUGCUCCUGUCUCCCAACUCGUGGGAGCUCUUUGAUGAGACCCUGCAGAACGAGGACCAGGGUAAGGAGGAGGAAGGAGGCACACUUCGGCCCUCAUCCAUGGAGUAUCGACGGCCACCAGAGGGCUUCUACUCUGGAGGAGCAAGCCUGUUGGUGGAGGGCGUGGCUGGCACUGAAGCCUUCCAGGAGGACUAAGAGGCCUUGGAGCGUUGCAGGGAAAUGUGGAGGGAACGGUGAAGGCCUCGGUUUCCAGACGCGUCAGCAGGUGAGCCGGUUCCCUGCCCUGAGCCCCCAGCGCCAUUCCCAUGUCCGGUACCCCCAGUGCCCGUCCCCCGCACCAGAGCCUCCAGUGCCACCCUUGGAGGGGUGUGACGACGAGCCGCCACUGCCUCUGGAGUAGCGGGCUGAUGAGCUCCUCCCGUUGCCACCUCCCAUCUCUGUUCCGGCGCCCCGUCCUGCUUUGGGGGGCGGAGGCUCCCCCCGCUCUCCCGUUCCAGCGCUACGUCCCGCUUUCCCGGCUGUUGAGACCUACCGCAUACUUCUAGUCUUUAGUUUUUCUAUAUAUAUUGUGAAUCACAUUUUUUUUUUUACAUAUUGUGUAAAUGUUAUUUUAAUUAAGCAAAGUUGUUGUUAGAGGUUUUCAUAUAAACAAUCAUAAGUGUGACAACAAACAGAUGAGGGAGGGUUUUCACUGUAAAAAGGACACACCAAGAUGCAAAUUCUAUAGGAACUCUUUCAUAAUGGACAAUAACUGGAAGAUAACUUGGUUAGCUUGUUAUUUAUAUAAUUUCCGUGAUUGAAAUAAGGCAAGGAAAGUCCAAUUAAAGUUGUUACAUAAAAUACAGGGGUUUGGGCAAAAUAAGAAAACAUCACAUGGAAAAGGACUAUAAAUUAAUAGUAACCAAAUCACAAACGAAGCUGCAAAGAUCACAAUAGGUUGACUGCUAAUUAAUUCAAAGUCUAGAUUUUGUAGUGAAUGUUUAGAUUUCUAUAGGAAAGGUUGUACCCAGAAGUGUGCAUUUUCCCAAAAAUGACCUACAUGUUUAUAAAGGAAUCUUCGUUUUUAACAUAUUCCCUUAAAUUACACAAAAACAAAAAAGCAUGCCCACUUUGAAGUAUUUACUAUCCACACUUUGAUAGACGAAUAUUUUCAUAUAUUAUCUAUGAUUAUUAGCACUGUCUGCAUGAUCUGUUCUUGAAAUUCGAAAUGGUCUAUGCAUAUUCACGAGGCUUGCAUAUAAUCUCACUCUCCGUCGGGGUAGUUAUCACGAAUAGCCAACACUGAAUAUUCUAAAAGUGAUUUAAAAAAAAAAGUAUCUAACAAUUCAACAUGCAUUUAAGCCUGCUGUUCUGCUUUGGAAUAAAAAAAAUCCUAUUGUUAGAGCGAAGACUAGGAUAUCCAUCGUUCCGCAUACCCCUCCCCGUUUUCGAUCCGUUGUCGUUCGGUACAGCACCUCAGCAUGGUAAAAUAGAAGUUUUUUUUUACUGUGAAAUAGUGACGUCGAUACUAAGCGACGAUCUUCGGUUUGUGUACAAUUGCAAGCUUGUUUCAAGGGUUACCUUUAGGACAACUGCAUUAAAUGUGUUUUAGUUGUGUCUUACAUAUCUCGUGUGGAACUCUUGAGGUCAGUAAAAAUUAUAUUUGGUCCCACAAAGUGUUUUAUCAUUUUCGAGAUCAAAGGUAGCUAGCUAACUUGAAGCGCAGUGCACUGCAUGAAUAGAGCUCUCGUAGUAUGUGGAAUGCGCAACCAUUGCGGAUGUGGUGCAGAAAAAUGCGCAUCGCUGCGACAAACUCAAUGCUACAUUUAUUCACUGUUGUAUAAUAGAUGUUAAGUAUCACGAUCGAGUUGAAGCCGAUGUUGUGAAUGAUUUGAUAUUUGUAUUGUAACUAUUUGGUGACAUGUAAUAUUAUAUUUCUCUUGUAGACUUCCUUCUAUUUUACUGAUGUUGCUGGCGGCCGCUUGAUGUAUGGUCGGUUGGUAAAAAUCCUCUCAAGUUUAGCUGCACUUUUGCUUAUGUUGAUGCAUACUAUCAUAGGUGUUUUUUGGCCAAUAUAAAGGAAUUAAAUGCUAGUUUUUAGAGAGUACAUGUCUUGACCAGAUUUUACAGUUGAUGAACGUCUGCUCCAGGCUUUAUGCCACCAGAUAUGCACCUGGUCUUUUAUACAAACAAAUGGAUAUAACAGUUUUGAUCCAAGUAUGCCUUUGGACAAGAUGCUCGCCUAGCUCUCCUAUUUGUUUAUGUUCCGCUUAAUUGUAGUCUAUGAACAUGUGCCUUAUUGCAGCCCCAACUGUCAGACUAGUUUGCUUUUAGGAAGAUAUUGUUCAAGUCUCCCACAAUGGUGCAGUACGACCAGCCAUCUAUCGAUGUGUGAAUGGAACAGCCGUCCAGUCAGUUGGUCGAUCUGUAAACCAGGCCUGACUCAUGACUGAGUACUACGAAGAGGGGGGGCUGCUGUAUGAGCAUUCGCCUCCCAUGCACAUCAAAGUGGAGUCUCCAGAGGGACACUUUGGGGGGGGCGUCUCAGAGGAUGGCUUUCCCAGAGAGGAUGAGGAUUCUGAGGGUAGCUGUGACCACAGCAGUGGGCUUCCAGGAGAUCUCCCCUUCAAUGUUGUGGUGGUGCAUCCUAACAUCAUGACCCCUGGCAUGUCCUCAGGUGACCUACUGUCUAUUGAACAGAACAGAAGUAUGUCCUCUUCAUUGGCAGCAGGGGGUGGGGGCAAAAGGAAGAGUCGUUUCAGUGGUGCAGAGUUGGAGGUGCUGGUGUCUGAGGUGACACAGUGUGAGGGAGAGCUCUUCGGUCCAGCUGGGAGGCUCAGGCGCAGGGAGAGGGAGAGGAUAUGGGCAGGAAUCCUGGAGCGUGUCAACGCCGUGUCCAGAGUGCCUCGCACACUCCGUGAGGUCAAGAAGCGCUGGGACGACUUGAAGAGACGCAAUGGGGGCAGGCUGGCAGAUGCCAGGCACCGUACUUGUUACCUGCCAUCCAGCAGGGGGGCUUCCAUGCUGGGAAGAUCAGCUCAAACAAACCCCAGGCUACACCAGGCCAGACAGAAGCAAAGCACUAGAGGGAAGGCCAGUUUCACAUGCUUCACUGAUACUGAACCAGUGGGUGGAGGUGAAGGGUCGGAGAGGGAUGGCUUUGAAAAGGAGGAGGAUAAUUGUGAGCGGGAAGGGGAUGUGGGGGAUGCAGAAUGCGAGGGGGCAGAGAGCAGCAUGGAGGAAAAGCUGGGUUUAGGAUUGGGACUGGGAAUAGGACCUCCCCCUACCUCGGAACGCUGGCUUCCUCCCUCUCCUCUCUACAGUGCCCCUUUCCUCAACGGGACCCCCCAGCCUAGUCCCCAGCCCUCACUUGGGGCCCAGCAGGGACCCCUGGAGGCCCCUCCUCGUGGUUCGUGGCUGGAGGAUGAGCUCCGUGGCGUUGGGGAGGCAGCUUUGCAGCUAGGGGAUCGAGUGGAACAGAGUCUUCGGGAGUUUGGCGAGGGAUUCAGACGGGAUAUGAGAACCCUUGUGGCCUCUCAAGAUGCACUGGCAACCAGCCUCCAGCAAAACAACAUCCUCUUGCAAAGGCUGCUGGGAGUCUUAGAGGCGCAGCAGCAACAAGAACCACCACCACCACAGCAACAACCACAUCAUCUCCAACAACCAGUACAGCAGCGACAACAGUCAAUACCACAGCAACCGUUACCACAGCAACCACCCCCUCAACAACCAAUACAGCAGCUGCAACAUCAGCAACUACCACAGCAACUGCAGCAGCCACAACACCCCGAGGGUCCAAGUAAUCAACCCAGUUUAGCAGCCGUCUCUGUACCACCGCCUCCAGAUAUUCUUGACGGUACCACCCGUCCUGAUCCACCCGCAGUCAUUAAUGGAACCGUCCAAAGGCCAAAGCCAGGGAGAACUGUUGAUCAUAGACGAAGACGGCGGCGUUAAAUAAAGAGCAGAACAAGCUUUGGUUUAUGUACAUUAUUUAUUUUCCCCUGUACAAUUCGUUUUGAAAUAAUUGUAUCCAUCCAGUUUUAACCAAAGCUAAAAAGUGAUGUUUCUUUAUCACAUUCGUAAUUAUGGGUUGCUUUAUUUAGCAGUGCUUGCUCUGACCAUUACCUAACAACCUACUUUAAUUAAACAAAACGCAGUAGGCUAAUUGAAACUUCAGUCCUCAUCCACAUCGAUUAGCAUAAUGCAUUGUUUGGAAAUUGUUGCAAUUGAACUGAGGUUUAUGUGUUGUACAAUCUUGUAGAUAGACAGUUAGCAUUACAUUGACAGCAAGCACAUUGAAGUCUGGUUAAGAGUCUGCAGCCAUGGAUAUA